CGUGGAGAUUGUGAGGUGGAAUUUGAAUUUUUUCAAAAAGUUUGUUUUCUGCGAAUAAUUAUUUGUACCAUAAUUUCCCACUAAAAAGCAAAUUAUAUUAUUAGUUAAACAGUGCUAAGAGCCGUCUUUAAAGAUGGCUACUUACGAAGAAUACAUCCAACAAAACGAAGACCGUGACGGAAUUAGGGCUACCUGGAACGUUUGGCCCUCUAGUAGAAUAGAAGCCACCCGGCUUGUGGUACCCCUAGCAUUUUUAUACCAACCCAUCAAAGAAAGACCAGACCUACCACCGAUUCAAUACGACCCAGUUUUGUGCACCCGCAACAAUUGCAGAGCCAUUCUAAACCCUUAUUGUCAAGUGGAUUACAGGGCCAAAUUGUGGGUGUGCAAUUUUUGCUUUCAAAGAAAUCCAUUUCCACCUCAAUAUGCUGCAAUUUCCGAACAACAUCAACCAGCUGAAUUAAUGCCCAUGUUCUCAACAAUCGAGUACACAAUCAGCAGGGCUCAAACAAUGCCUCCAAUCUAUUUGUACGUAGUCGACACUUGCAUGGACGAAGAAGAAUUGGGAGCCUUAAAAGACUCCUUACAAAUGUCCCUAAGUUUAUUACCCCCCAACGCAUUAAUAGGCCUAAUUACUUUUGGCAAAAUGGUACAAGUCCACGAAUUAGGCACCGAUGGCAUGAGCAAAUCUUAUGUAUUUAGGGGCACCAAAGACCUCAGCGCCAAACAAAUCCAAGACAUGCUAGGCAUUGGCAAGGUGGCCCCCAAUCCGCAAACAAUGCAAAAUCCAAGUGCCCCUAUUCCACCUGCCAGCAGAUUCAUUCAACCUGUGGCUAAUUGUGAAAUGAACCUCACUGAUUUGAUUGGGGAGUUGCAAAGAGAUCCUUGGACUGUGCCUCAAGGAAAAAGAUUUCUAAGAUCAACUGGAGUAGCUUUGUCAAUAGCCAUUGGUCUAUUGGAAUGCACCUAUGCCAACACUGGUGCUAGAGUUAUGUUGUUUGUGGGAGGGGCUUGCUCUCAAGGGCCUGGCCAAGUGUUGAAUGAUGACCUCAAACAACCAAUAAGGUCUCACCAUGACAUACACAAAGAUAAUGCAAAAUACAUGAAAAAGGCAAUAAAACAUUAUGAUAAUUUGGCUAUGAGAUCUGCAACAAAUGGCCAUUGCAUUGAUAUUUAUUCAUGUGCCUUGGACCAAACUGGUUUAAUGGAAAUGAAACAGUGUUGCAAUUCAACUGGAGGCCACAUGGUGAUGGGGGAUUCGUUUAAUUCGUCUUUGUUCAAACAAACAUUUCAAAGGGUGUUUGCAAAAGAUCAAAACAAUCAACUUAAAAUGGCUUUUAAUGGCACUUUGGAAGUCAAAUGUUCCAGGGAGCUGAAAGUACAAGGCGGAAUUGGUUCGUGUGUUUCUUUAAAUGUAAAAAGCCCUCUUGUAGCUGAUACUGAAAUUGGUAUGGGCAAUACAGUGCAAUGGAAAAUGUGCACUCUGAAUCCUAGCAGUACUGUUGCCUUAUUUUUUGAGGUGGUCAAUCAGCAUUCGGCUCCUAUUCCUCAAGGCGGUAGAGGAUGUAUUCAGUUUAUCACACAAUACCAGCAUGCAAUUGGUCAAAGACGUAUAAGAGUGACAACAAUUGCAAGAAAUUGGGCUGACGCUUCAGCAAAUAUUCAUCACAUUAGUGCAGGUUUUGAUCAGGAAUGUGCUGCAGUUGUUAUGGCUAGAAUGGCUGUUUAUAGGGCAGAAACUGAUGAAAGUCCUGAUGUACUCAGAUGGGUGGAUCGUAUGCUAAUUCGAUUGUGUCAAAAAUUCGGCGAAUACAAUAAAGAUGAUCAAGUUUCAUUUAGACUAGGAGAAAACUUUAGUCUUUAUCCUCAAUUUAUGUAUCAUUUAAGAAGGUCACAAUUUUUGCAAGUUUUCAAUAAUUCUCCAGAUGAAACUUCAUUUUACAGGCACAUGUUAAUGAGGGAAGACCUGACUCAAUCCCUAAUAAUGAUACAGCCAAUUUUGUACAGCUACAGCUUCAACGGACCACCAGAACCGGUUUUACUUGACACUAGUUCAAUACAGCCUGAUAGGAUUUUGCUUAUGGAUACUUUUUUCCAAAUAUUGAUUUUCCAUGGAGAGACCAUUGCCCAAUGGAGAAGUCUAAAAUACCAAGACAUGCCCGAAUACGAAAAUUUCCGUCAAUUGCUGCAAGCCCCAGUAGAUGACGCCCAAGAAAUUCUACAAACACGUUUUCCCAUGCCAAGAUACAUAGAUACUGAACAGGGAGGGUCUCAAGCUAGAUUUUUACUAUCUAAAGUUAAUCCAAGUCAAACACAUAAUAAUAUGUAUUCUUACGGAGGCGAUGCUGGUGCUCCUGUUCUAACAGACGACGUCUCGCUACAAGUUUUCAUGGACCACUUGAAAAAACUUGCAGUCUCAUCUACAGCAUAAUUUUAGUUUUAUAGGCAUAAAAUUGUAUUGCUAAAUAUUAAAUAAUUAUUUUGUUCUUUGUAAGGUUUUUAUUUUUUUUUGUUGCUAUAUUUAUAUAAAUUAAUCCAUUAUAUUCUACUUAUAAAAUUUAAUUUAGAAACCUAAUACUCAUUUUCUGUUCAACAUCAGUCCUUUGCAAGGCCUUGGAAAAUUCCUCAAACGAAAUCAUUUGAUCAUUAUCCUCAUCUGCCUCUAAUAUGGUCCUUUCUGCAAUGCUUACAAGUUGCUCCUCGCUGAUAUUAGUGCCUACCAUCAUGUGUAAAAUAGCUAGUAGUUCAUCUUUGGAAAUCAAGUCAUC